UUACUUCAAAAAAAAGAAAUUCUUUUUUAAUGACCAUGUUACUCUAUUUCACUGUCAAAUCUGAACUGAUUUCGAUGAUUAUUGUUUUUAUAUUUGGAAGAGGUUUUCAAGUUUUAUGAGUAUUUUCAGAUAGGGUUUUUGUAUAAUAUUUACUUAUAAUGAAGGCCUGAUAAAGAUUUUCAAAGUUAAAUGCCGUUUUGUUUGGUCUAAGUAUGCUAUGUAAUUUAGUCAAAAUAAAAUAUUUGUUUAUUACAGAACUGAAUUCGACCAUGUACUCAAAAAUUUCUACAAGAAAGUGACGUUAAUCAAGAUGUUCAAAUCUCACUAAGGAUUGAAGCUACCAAACAUUCAGUUGGGACAGGACAAGGUUUUAUGAGACAUAUUAAUAUGGAAAGUCAAUAUUUUGUAUACUAAAUGAAGAUUGCUAGUAUUGCAAGUACUGUCUGGCAGCAACCAAUGACAACAUUUUCUGUAUGCCAUGAACUUACACCAAUGUUUGAAAAGUCUGAAAUUAAUGAAGAACCUCUCGAAACUAUAGAAUCAGUUAUUGUAACAGUACCAUCAAAUGAAGUUCAGAAUGACAAAUUUAAAAAUAGCGAUACUUUAGAAACAUUUAAUAAUGAAUCUGAGGUUGGUUUCAUUCAGAGAAAAACCAAAACUGUUCCACCUCCAUUGAAGCUGGAUGGACCAAUUGAUGCAAACCUUGUUCCGGAUCCCGUUUACGAUCGUUUGACGGAACUUGCCAUAAUCGCAACCAGCCCUCAAAGUCCAUUGUUGCAGAAUAGUCCAUCAUUACCCAGAAAAAGAUCUUUUAGUUUGUCUUCCUUGCAUUCUUAUGCCAGACCUCCCAAAGCAACAACAGAUGUGUCUGAAGUGAAAUCAACAAUUAAACAAAGAAAUACAUAUCAUUUUGAAGAACACAUAUAUCAAAAGUACAACCAGACUGAUUUGACACCUGAGGAUACCUCAGCUGCAUACACUUUAAGUACAAUGGCUCAGCAACAGAAGUUCACAGAAUUAAAAAGUUACAUUUAUCCUGCUAAACAUAAAAACAAGGCAAAAGAUAAUUUAACAGAAUUGGUAAAACCAAAACGUCCAAUGAAUGGUUUUAUGCUUUUUGCUCGUAAAUUCAGAGUAUUGUACUCCCAGAAAUAUCCAGGAAAGGAUAACAGAGCUAUAAGUGUUUUACUGGGAGAUCAUUGGAAAAAAUUAAAAAGUGAAGAACGUGAUGCUUAUGCAUAUGAAGCAAAAGUGAUGGCAGAGAAAACAAAAAAAUUACAUCCCGACUGCUGGAAAAGAAAAAGAUCUUUCUCUACUAGUUCAUAAAAUAAUUCAUGAAAAAGUAAUUUUUUUAUAAGAAUAUUUUAU